AUGGACAUCAUCAAACAGUGCAAUAAUAUGCUAAUACACAAAUAUCUGACUGGAGCGCCUCUGCGGCAAGGUGAGUGGCGGGUACAGAUAAGCAAAACGAUUAAAGAUGAAAAGUACGUUGGCGGAAUAAAUCUGUACGGUACGGCAGCGAAGCAUCGAUACUGUCAUGCUGUCGAUGAUGAUGAUGAUGACGAUGAUGACGACGAUUAUGAUUGA